AUCUCACUCGUUGGUCAUAGGCUCGUCUUAUAUUAGCUUGAGCGCGGAUCAAAACACAUCAGUCCAAAUUCCCUUCUUCUUCCAACAAGCAUCCCGUGCAAAACAUCUCCCCCGAAGUUUACACUGCAAAUCCAUUUCUGUUACCUCCUCAGUGAGUGCUUAAGUUUAUUUCCCUCGGGCAUUGAACAUUAAACAAGAUACUAAUGGGUGACAGUCAGUACUCUUUCUCUCUCACCACUUUCAGCCCCUCGGGGAAGCUCGUUCAGAUAGAACAUGCUCUUACAGCUGUUGGAUCUGGUCAAACAUCUCUAGGAAUCAAAGCUGCUAAUGGUGUUGUUAUUGCGACAGAGAAGAAAUUACCAUCUAUUUUGGUUGAUGAGACAUCUGUCCAGAAGAUUCAGAUUUUGACCCCAAACAUUGGAGUUGUCUACAGUGGUAUGGGACCUGAUUCCCGAGUUUUGGUGCGCAAAAGUAGAAAGCAGGCUGAACAAUAUUUCCGACUGUACAAGGAACCAAUUCCAGUUACUCAAUUGGUGAGGGAAACUGCCACUGUUAUGCAGGAGUUUACUCAAUCAGGUGGCGUGAGGCCAUUUGGUGUAUCGCUUUUGGUUGCCGGAUAUGAUGACAAGGGUCCACAGCUGUACCAGGUGGAUCCUUCAGGUUCAUACUUUUCCUGGAAGGCUUCAGCUAUGGGAAAGAAUGUAUCCAACGCAAAGACAUUUCUCGAGAAGAGGCUGAUCAUUUUCUCGAUGUCCAAGAGUAUGUAUAGAUUUCGUACUGCCUUCUCUGUUAAUUGGUACACGGAAGAUAUGGAACUUGACGAUGCUGUGCAUACAGCAAUUUUGACACUUAAGGAGGGAUUUGAAGGACAGAUAUCAGGCAAAAAUAUCGAGAUUGGUGUGAUUGGCAAUGACAAAGUAUUCAAGAUUCUUACUCCAUCUGAAAUCGAAGAUUAUUUGCAGGAAGUUGAAUAGUUUUUCAUCCGACCUUCAAUUUAUGUCAUCAGACUGAAUGCUGUGGUUGGUUUUGUUUGUGUAACCAAUACAUCUUAAUCUUGAUAAGAUUUUUAGUCGUAAUUAGAAACCUGUUUUCUCCGGACUCGAGUUAUGGUGAUGACUGUACGUUUGAUUAUGCUGACAAAAAAAAAAUAAAAAUUUAUACAUAUAUUGCCUGCUGCUACUAAUGGCCCUUUGAUCUGUAGGAGAGUUUUGAUGAAAGACUCAAAGGGAGCGUUAUCUCUUGCCUAUCCACUAAUCUAUUUAGAAAGGAAAUCCUUCUAUGAGACUUAGUACACUUGAAUGCUUUUGAUGAAUUUUAGUAGGUGGUUGAAUAUAAGUUAUUUUAGUUUUGAUUGGAUUGUUGGAUAAUUAAUUUUGAAAAAGUUAGUUGAGUUAGGUUUGAGUG